AUGCCGCCCUCACAACUGAAGCGCUUGAAAAAGUCGCUGAAUGAUCAAGGACUCACUGGCCCGCAAAAGUCCAAAAAGCAGAAGAAAGCGGCCGCCGCUGGUGGCAAAACUCCUGCCGACCGAGCGGCUCGCGCUGCCAAUCUGCAGAAUAUUCGAGACUCGUUCAACCCAUUCGAGCUCAAGUCGAUAUCGUCUCGUCCGGAGAAGUUCCAUUCCACGUCAAUCAGCGAUAAGCGUAAGAGCGAUGGCAAAGGCGGGUACAAGGCGGUGCUACACCGUCCAGGUGUGUCCAAAUCACGAGGCGAGGACAUGCGAAGGGAGACACUCUUGCCGGAGAUGAGGAGGCGGAACAAGGUUGGCGGGCUGGUUGAUCGCAGAAUAGGAGAGGGCGAUGUCGACAUGACACCCGAGGAAAGAGCUGUGCAGCGAUUCGCGAGGGAGAAGGAGCGGAAAGCGAAGGGCAGAGGAAUGUUCGAUCUGGAAGGCAGCGACGGGGAAGGAGGCGGUGCACUUUUGACGCACGGAGGAAGGAGAUUGGAAGAUCUGGCGGCAGACGACUUUGGCGAUGAAAGCGUGGCCGGAAGUGGGAGCGACGAUGAUGCAGAGGAGCUGUUCACGCGGAAGCGAAGAAGAGACAGCGAGGAGGAGGAGCAGGUUGUGGGCAUGGACGACGGCGAUGAGGACGAGGCAGGAGAAGAACAGCCGGAGCGGAAACGAAGUAAGAAGGAGGUAAUGAUGGAAGUCAUUGCCAAGUCGAAGAUGCACAAGUACGAGCGACAAAAGGUCAAAGAAGACGACGACGAUCUCCGAGAUGAGCUGGACAAGGGCUUUGGCGAGAUUCUGGGCCUCUUGCAGGGCGUCAAGAAGCCUCCUCCGCCACCCAAGCAAGCAGAUCCAGCUGCCGCGGACUCGAWCGGGCCUAUGGUCAACGCCGAUCGACAAAAGCUACUAGACGGUAUGGAUCGCGCGCAGGCAGACAAGGACUAUGAUAUCCGGAUGAAGCAGCUUGCCAUGGACACCAGAGCGAAGCCUUCCGAUCGUGCUAAGACUGUUGAGGAGAAGGCCGCCGCCGAGGCUGAACGACUGAAAAAGCUGGAGGCGAAGCGACUGCUCCGUAUGCGCGGAGAAGAGGUUUCAGAUGACGAGAAGGAUGGCAGGGACGGUAAACCUGCAGGUCUAGAUGAGGAGGCAGCUGCGGACGAUGAAGACAACUUUGCAGAUGAGGCCGCCGACUUUGGAUUUGCCUCUUCUUUGGCGGCACCUGCAAAGUCAAACGAGCAGCUGGUGCUUGAUGACGAAGAUGAGUUUGCAUUGGACGAAGACUUGGUCGCCAGCGGCUCCGACGCCGGUCUGAGCGAUGUCGAAUCUGGUGCAAGCGAUAAUGAGGAUGACAGCGGUGCCGAGAUCGCAGAUGGACCUGUCGAGGACGAAGAAGAUGAAUUCAUCACAGGCAUUCUUGGUCCAGACAUCGAAUCUACAACAAAGGGCCCGGAGAGAACGGGGGCCAAUGCUGUCGCACCUGGUACCCGACUCGCCUUCACCUACCCGUGUCCGCGCACUCAUGCUGAGCUUCUGGACGUUGUUAAAGAAAUGCCCGUCGAGCAGCUCACAACGGUCGUCCAACGCAUCCGUGCUCUCUAUCAUUCCUCUCUAUCGGAGGCAAACAAGGAGUCAAUGGCCGAGUUCUCCAAAGUCCUGGUCGAACAUCUCUCCUACAUGGGAAAUGAAAGACAGCCACUUGCUGUGACCGAGCAGAUCAUUCGUCACCUCCACUCUCUCUCGCGAACAUACCCUACAGAGAUUGGACAGGCAUUCCGUGAGCAGCUGAAUGCUUUCCACGAACGUGGUCAACCGAUUGCGGGUGACUUUGUUAUCUUGACAGCCAUCAUGUCGAUAUACCCAACCAGCGAUCAUUGGCAUCAGGUUGUGACUCCCGCUAUCACGGUCAUGACAAAGUGGCUCGGCCUACACGCCCCCUCAAUCGCUAAGCCUGCGGACCCGAAGACACUUACCCAUGGUGCUUUCUUGGUCGGAAUGUGCUUGUCAUACCAGAAGUUGAGCAAGCGCUACAUCCCCGAAGCUCUACGAUUCACCCUCCGUGCUCUCCAAAGCAAAGGUCUUGAACAGGCUGCGGCUGCCCCACACCUUACCAACUUGACGACAAUGGCUGAAUACUGGGCUUCUCUCUCCGCAUUUACAGAGAUGUUCGCCCCAGCUCUUCCAAUUCUUAGAAGCCUGCCCGCUCGCUGUGGUAAACCCGCCCACAAGCAAAUUACCGCUUUCCUCGCCAAAUCUCGCACCAAGCGUGUGCCUCUGCAGCUUCACAACCACAAACCCCAACCCAUCCGCACCAGUAUCCCCAAGUUUGAAGAAGGCUUCAACCCUGACAAGCACUACGACCCUGACAAGGAGCGUACCGAGAGUAAGAAGUUGGCGGCCGAAUACAAACGCGAGAAGAAAGGUGCUGUGCGCGAGUUGCGCAAAGAUGCGAAUUUCAUGGCGAGGGAGAAACUCAAGGAGAAGAGAGCUACUGAUGAGGCUUAUGAGAAGAAACAAAGGAGAUUGCUGGCUGAGAUCCAGGGCGAAGCGGCGCACGAUCAGAAAGAUUGGGAGAGGACGAAGGCGAGGAAUGAUCGGGCGAGGGAGCAGGCUAAGAAGGCUAAGGGUGGGAGAUAG